AUGUAUGAUGUGAGACAAUUUGGAAGCAACAAUGACAGUGGGGUACUGGUCAAUUCAGCAAUGGGAAAGACAAUGGAAGAAGAUGCAUUGAAUGUUCCCAAAGGCACGAUUAUUAAUCAAAACACCGGAGCAGCUCCUUUUUAUCUUGUUGGAGAUGAAAUUUUUUCUCUUAAAACUUGGUUAAUGAGACCCUACCCUGGAUCUGUUCUUACCAGUAAAGAAAAGAGAAUCUUUAAUUAUCGGCUUUCCAGAGCAAGAAGGGUAAUUGAGAACGCAUUUGGCAUCCUUAGCACCAGAUGGAGAAACUUCCACAAGCCUAUUAAAGCUACCGUUAAAAAUGUGGAAGAUUACACUCUCGCUUGCCUCAGUCUUCAUAACUAUUUGAGACAAACCGACAACGCGAUGUAUACUCCGCAGGGUUUCCUUGACUCUGAAAGCAAAGAUGGUCAGAUUAAAGAGGGAGAGUGGAGAUAUGGUAAAGAUGCCCUGCAAAUGAGGGAAUACUAUUACAGAUUAUGUUAA